CAAAACCCGAAGCGAAUGGCUUUGUGUGGUUGGAGGGCCAUUAAUGGCGGCAGCGACAGGAACCAGAGGGACCCAUCUCAGCCAUUUCAGCGGAUUUUGCAGAGGCUUUUGAAGAAUGAGCGGCGCUUCGAAGUUCAUUAAAUGCGUUACUGUUGGAGAUGGAGCUGUUGGGAAGACCUGUAUGCUUAUUUGUUACACUAGCAAUAAGUUCCCUACUGACUAUGUUCCCACAGUGUUUGACAAUUUCAGUGCCAAUGUUUCUGUGGAGGGGAAUAUUGUCAAUUUGGGAUUAUGGGACACUGCAGGUCAGGAAGAUUAUAGCCGGCUAAGACCUUUGAGUUACAGAGGUGCAGAUGUGUUUGUACUAGCUUUCUCAUUAAUUAGUAGAGCCAGCCAUGAAAACAUCCUCAAGAAGUGGAUGCCCGAACUGCGAAGAUUUGCGCCCAACGUUCCAAUCAUUCUAGUUGGAACGAAGCUCGAUCUCCGUGAGGACCGACGAUAUUCAAACGAACAAACGGGAUACAACGUCAUUACAUCUUCCGAGGGUGAGGAGCUGAGGAAACAAAUUGGUGCUUCGGCUUACAUUGAGUGCAGCUCCAAGACACAACAGAAUGUCAAAGCUGUAUUUGAUACUGCCAUUAAGGUUGUUCUGCAGCCUCCGAGGAGAAGCGAGAUCACGAAGAAGAAAAGGUGUCGAGGACCGAGCUGCUCGUUCACGAGCAUCAUUUGUGGAGGGUGUGCUGCCUAGUACACGCCGUGCAGCUGCCGAGUACACGCCGUGCUGCUGCCGAGUACACGCCGUGCUGCUGCAAGCUCUGAGUAAUCCUAUUUUGUGGAGGCUAAUUCAUGACUAGCUUUCUGAGUAUUUGUUGAUCCGUUUUGUGGCUGUAUUAGCUUAGGUUGUAGUGGAAGACAACUUGAAAAUUAGGGAAUUGUUCAUUCUCUCAAGAACUUAAGGUAUAUAUGUCUCGGUCAUUCUAUAAUAUUGUGUCGAUUUGAUA